GGAACUAUUGGCAAGAUAAUUCUCAGGGCCGUUCUUUCAUCAGCUGAUAUCAAAGUAAUCGUGCUAUCACACAAUACGAGCAAGGCAACCCCCUCCAGUGUAACAGAGGCUGAUCUUGAGUCUGCCUUGAAGGGCCAAGAUGUUGUAUUCUCAGCUUUGGGUGCCACUGGAUUUCAUGACCAGAAGAAGUUCAUUGAUGCUUCCAUCCGCGCUGGUGUGAAGAGAUUCAUUCCACCUGAAUUUUCUUCAAACACAUAUAGCGAUGCUUUUAUACAGUUGGUGCCUCUUGUUCAACAGAAGACGGUGGUUCUCGAGUAUCUAAGCUCCAAGGAGUCGGAGGGACUCACCUGGACGGAUAUUACAAGGUCUCACCACCGGGUUCCCCGGCUUCGACAUUGUGUCUUGUACUGCAACCAUCUGGAUGGCAGUGACAAGGCAUUUACACCACUCAAUGAGAAACAACUAGGGGAUGCGGUAGUUGCCGUUCUGAAUAUUGACCACGCGAAUGCCAACCAAUGUCUUGAUGUUACCUCGGUUGAGACCUCGCAGAAGGAGAUUCUUGGUGCUUUGGAGGAAGCCAUCUCCUCCAAGUGGGCGGUGUCCAGUACUAGCACUGACGCUGAGGUUAGUGUAGCUAUCAAAAAACUCUGCACUGGUGACAUAAAUGGUGUUCUUACGCUGGUUCGUGGCACUAGAUAUGCGAAUAUCCCUGGACUUCGUGCCAGUUAUGCGAAGGAUGAGAUGCUCGCAAAUAUCUCGUUGGGAUUUAGAAACAAAAUGUAA